AUGAACAUGUUUGACGUAGAAGAAUACAGCUUUCACAUCACACGUGAAGGCUACUCCCAUCUGAGUGACUCAGAAUGGGAGGUAGUCGGCCGCAUGAGUGUGCUCAUGGACGAAACCGCCAUCAGUGGUAUGUUGGAGUCUUUAAGCAGAGACCAUCAACAUGCUGAUAUCAACAAGUUCCUACAAGGGGAACUUGCCGUCGAACGACAGAAGAUAGCCUUGCUACAGAAGCAAGGCUCUCAUCAGUCGAUGGGCGGGCCGACGCACAUGCGUCGACCCGAAACCUUGAAGAUUGAGAUCUCAAGGUACAAGGGAACCGACGAAGAUUCCCGUUUAGGAAGAGUAAAGAAUUGGACCUUAGGGCUCAAGCUUCACGACCCAAACGUGUUUGAGUCGCUGGAGAUCUUGAAGUCUCGGCCCAAAGAGACGUUUGAGCCGCCGAGAGCCGAGUUCAGAGCACGCUCUGCACUCUUGAGGCUAAAGCAAGGUAAGCGUGACGUGCCCGCUUACGCACAGCACCUGCGCUACCUUGCGAGUAGCGUUACGGAGAACCCUGUUGAUGAACACACGCUCAUCAACGUGUUCAUUAACGGCCUUGUAGAUGGGCCGGUGAAGACCUACAUGUUCCAAGAGGACUUCCAUACGAUGGAAAAGGCAAUAGCGUAUGCGGAACAAGAAGACUUCAGCCGGAGACAGUCUCAGGCUAACUCGUCAAACUAUCGUCCGACGAGGCGACAGGAAACAGGAGGUCCCGAACCAAUGGACCUGUGA